AUGGGCACUCACUCUGUAGCAGCUAACAGCUCCCUGACUGUGUUGGAGAACACAAAGGCUGUGCUCUCCUGCCUUCCUGUCCGGUUGACGAAUGCGAUUGUAACAACAUGGAAAAUAACGCUCGGAGACAAGCCUCCCUGCAUCAAAGCCUACAGGAGAGAGAAAAAUGAGACGUCAGAGGCAAACUGUACUGACAAGAGAAUAACCUGGCUCUACAGACCUGACCAGAAUGCUGCCCUUCAGAUUGACCCAGUGCUCAUCACUCAUGAUGGGUUUUAUGAGUGUGUAGUGAUAACACCUGAUGGGAAUUUCUGUCAUGGAUAUCACCUCCAAGUGUUAGUGGCCCCUGAGGUGACCCUGUCUCACAGCAGGAAUAGGACAGCGGUGUGCAAGGCAGUUGCAGGAAAGCCAGCUGCUUGGAUCUCCUGGACCCCAGAGGGAGACUGUGUGCCUGAGCAUAAGCAUUGGGGCAAUGGCACAGUGACUGUCCAGAGUACCUGCCACUGGGCAGACAGCAAUGUGUCUACUGUGUCCUGCUCUGUCUUCCACGAGGCUGGCAACUGGAGUCUGUCCACAGAGCUGAAUCAAGGUGAUGGACCCCUGGGAUUUCCAGUGCUGUGUUUACUGACCAUACUCUAUGUGAAAUCCCCUCUUUUCUUGGUUUUCCUGGUCAUUGUGGAAUUCUUCUGCUUCCAGAGGAUAAAUGGUUGCAGGUAG